AUGAAGUCCAUUCUUAGGGGUUUUGAAUUGAUGUCCGAAUUAAGAGUAAACUUUCUCAAGAGCAAUUUUUACGCUGUUAAUGUUGGCGAAUGGUUGCUUAAUGCGGCGUCGGAGUUUCUUUCUUGCAAGAUAGGUUUUUUACCGUUUAAAUUCCUAGGUGUUAAAGUUGGAGAUAGUCCUAGAAAACUAACUAUGUGGAAGGAACUUAUUGCUCACUUGAAAAAGAGAUUGGCCGUGUGGAGGGGGUUUCACAUUAAUAUUGCGGGAAAAGUGGUUUUGAUAAAUUCGGUUCUUAAUAUGAUUCCUAUAUACUCCUUAUCUUUCUAUAAAGCACCUUCAAAAGUGUUAAAAGAAAUUAAGAGUAUGCAAAGUAAAUUUCUUUGGAAUGGUAGAGAUGAUAAGAAAUCGAUUCAUUGGGUUGGUUGGAACACCGUUUGUAAAACAUGUGAGCAAGGAGGUCUAGGUGUGAAGAAUAUGGAGAUAUUGAACGUUGCAUUGUUAAGAAAAUGGAAGUGGAGGUUGUUGACGGAAAAGGAAGCGGUGUGGAGUGGUAUCAUCAACCAUAGGUACGACAAUUCGGCUUUAAAAAUUCUUGUCGAAGAUGUCAGUGUCGUUAGUAAACAAGACUCGAUUUGGUGGAGGGAUGUGUUGAUUUCUGGUAAUUAUGUAAAUUUGGAGGAAAAUCAUUUUGCAGCUGCUGGUAGCAAAACAGCUCGGGGCUGGCAGUGGCAUGAAGCGCAGCAGUUCCUGCCUGGGCAUGCUGCGAACACCAAUCUGGUUCGACAGCUGUUGGAGGAGCUGCGAUUUUUCUCGCUUGUGUAG